AUGAACGCGCUCUUUCGCUCACAUACGCCAAAGGGCAUUCGUUUUCUGGCAAUAUAUAUAGCCGAAGCGCAUGCAUCUGAUCAAUGGCCAGUAGGAAAAACUAUUUCUUGUGUACAACAACCAACAUCACUCAAACAAAGACUUGAAAAUGCUCGUCAAUUUAAGAAGAACUUCAAUUUCGAAAUGCCCAUGCUCGUUGACGAUAUGAAUAACAACUUCCAUGCUACUUAUGGUUCAUGGCCAUUUCGUUUCUACGUCUUUUAUGAAGGAAAACUUAUCUUUAAAGCAGAACCUCAAGAAGAUAAUUUCGCCUACAAUAUGGACGAAUUAGAUAUGUGGAUAGACAAAUUCUAUCAAUCACAUCAUUAA